AUGGAUUCCCUAGCUACACAUAACAAGAUGUUAGAGACACAAAUCACUCAAUUGGGGCAAAAUGCUAGCUCUUUUUCUAGGCCUUCGGGCAUGCUACAUGGACAACCCGAGAUGAAUCCUAGGGGUCAUGUGAAUGCUAUAACCCUUAGGAGAAGAAAACAAUAUGAGGGACCUAAGAUGAAGGAAAAAGAUGGGGUAGAUGGUCAUCAAAAUGAAAAAAAUGAAAAUGUGAUAAAUGUGGAUAAUGAGACCCAAACGGAAGAAAAAGAAGAAGUUGAGAAAUAUAUGUCUCCCGCUCCUUACAAGCCUCCUCUACCCUUUCCCCAAAGGUUAGCUAAGGCUAAGUUAGAAAAGCAGUUCAGAAAAUUUUUAAAUAUUUUGAAAAAGUUGCACAUUAAUAUCCCGUUCACUGAAGUUAUUUCUCAAAUGCCUUCCUAUGAUAAGUUCUUGAAAGAGAUCCUAUCUAAUAAAAGAAAGUUGGAAGAAUACAAGACUGUGGCCCUUACUGAGGAGUAUAGUGCUAUUAUCCAAAAUAAGUUACCUCCUAAGCUUAAGGAUCCAGGUUCAUUUUCUAUUCCUUGUGUUAUUGGUAAUUUGAAGUCAACCACAAUAUCACUCCAACUAGUAGAUCGAUCGAUAAAAUAUCUGGUAGGUAUACUUGAAGAUGUACCUUUCCAGGUCAGUAAGUUCUUUAUCCCGGUUGAUUUUAUUAUUUUGAAAAUAGAAGAAGAUUCUAACAUUCUAAUUAUAUUAGGAAGAACCUUCCUUGCUACUGUUGGUGCUAUAAUCAAUGUUAAAAAUGGAAAGCUCACCUUAAAUAUUGAAGGAGAAAUGGUAGAAUUUGAUUUAAGCAAUACUAUGAACCUCCCUCUAACUGAUAAAGUUUUCUACAGGGUCGACGUGAUUGACAAGUGUACACAUGAGCAACUUGCAAACCAUUACUCAGCUGAUCCACUUGAGAAGUGUUUGGUAAGUGAAGAUUCAAUAAAUGAUGAAGAUCCUAAGGUAGCUGCGUAUGCUCAAACUUUAGAAUCAACAUCAGCUGCUCCAUUUCGGAGUGCAAAGUUUUAA